AACUCAUAACAUAUGGCACAAAAACAUACCAUUCAUGGACCAUUUUGAAAAAAGAACAACUACAGGUUAUAACACUAAUCCCAGACAAUGUGAAUACAAUGAAUUCAAAUAUUGUACUGUAUAAUGUUUAAAGAUGGGCUUAUUAUCAUCCUUUAAGUGGUGAUUGAUGAUUUUAAUUUAACCGUAUGUAAAGACACAGGAUGAGGACAUUGAAUAUAUAAAUACAAAUAUAUACACCUACAUUAUUUAAUCUAUUGUUUAUUUAACAUGGUUUGUUUUCCGGCAGUGCACCUGAAUUACAUGGUUAUACACCCUGCAAUGUCAGUAAAAGAAAAAUCAAAAUAACAUUUUUAUUUUGAAAGGCGUAGCCGGAAGCUAUGUCCUUCAUUCCGGCCGACUUCACGUUGGCCCAGCAUGGUAGCUUUCCGUCCCGUUGAAACCAAAGUGUGCAGUGUCCUUGUAUCCAGUCUAAUAGCGGUGGUGUCGCGGUCUGUCUCGGAGCAUCAGCGGGGUGCAGAGGUCAGAGUGUCCGGUGUGGACUGUCACUAUCCUCGGACGUCAGGAAGUGGCUCCCCCCGCCUCCUUCUCCUCCUCCUCCUCUGAAGGAUCUCCCGGCAUGUGGAAGCGCGUUCUCCUUGAGUGACCUACACACGGCCGACUCUCUUUUUCAGCAGCGGACGUCGGCUUCAUCGCGUCCGAGCACCUGCCUACUGGGAGCCGCAGACAGACAGCCGGGGCCUGGGCUGAACCGACAGCGGGCAACAAGUCAAGGCGAGCGUCUACGCAGGCUUCCAGGCCGAGCCAGGAGCAGGUGACCCACGCACACGGCUUACUCAACUCACUUCACCGGUUGCGUUGACGCUCUGCGUUUGGAGCCGAGCGCUGAAGACGCGCAGACGCCGUAGCAGACAUUAGCGGACUUGUUGAGGGUUACUGGCGUUCACAUGAUGUACACAAUCACCAGAGGUCCCAGCAAACUGGUUACACAACGGAGGACAGGUCCGACGCAGCAGGUCGAGAACAAGUUCAGCGACUUGAAACUCAAGCCGACGUCUUGGCUCGCGUCAAACUCUCCGCCCCCAAAGAUCGUGUUCAACCGUCCCAACGGGAAGCGCUACCACAGUGCAGCCACGCAGAAGGCCGAGAGCCCAGCAGAGGGGUUCACGCCUGCGCACGAGGAGAACGUCAGAUUCGUGUACGAAGUAUGGCAGGAGGUGGAGCAGAAGCUGGAGCGGGGAGACGGUGUGGAGUCAGCUGACAGCAAAGGGCCCGUUCAGUACGCAGAGAAGACCCCCAGUGCUGCAAUGAAGAACUUCGUGCCCAUAGACCUGGAGGAGUGGUGGGCUCAGCGCUUCCUCGCCAACAUCGCCAACCUGUCAUGACUUGGUGAGGCUUUGAGCCAGGACAGGAAGCACAGUGCUCCAUCGUGAACCAUCGCCAGGGUGGAAAGGAGGCGAGCCCGUCUCCGGGAUCUGCAGUGUGGUCGGGUAAUCCGGAAUCCGAUUUGAUGGCCCCCGUGCUUCACGCUGCUGUAGAAAAAAUCUGGGUGCUCAACACAACGCCGCCCACAGUGCAAAAAAGGGAGACCCGACCGUGAACUCUGACUGCACUGACUGUACGCUGUGCUGCUGUAAAGGACUGGUCUCUGUCUACGUGAAUGACGUGUCAGACGGAAGCUGUGAGGUUUUUCUUCUUAAAGAACCUGGCUCCUUUCUCAAGUGUGCUCAGCUCUAUGUGCGUCUUGGCUGAUCUUUGGAUAUAAAGCUACAGAAGAGCAAAAAAAAAGUAAAAUGUUUUUCAAAAA